CGCAACUUUUGCGUUUAUAAAUAUUAUCGAACUAACCCAGAGAAACAAUUCGAGUACCAUAAUGCGUUCAUAAACUCUACGAAGAAGAUAAAAUAAAAAUGAUGGCAAGUCCAAAGUUCCAAGAAUCUUUAAAUCAAUUACCAACAAUAACAUCAGAUAUUAAUCAAUCAAGUGUAAAUUUUAAAUCACAAGAGCUAAAUGAUUUAAAUUCCAGUAUUUUAGCUAACACUGAACUGAUUAACUUGAGAGAAAAACCUCAAGAAAGUAUUGAAAUUUUUCAAUCAAUUGUUAAUGCUUUAUUUGGUGAUGCAGGCGACGUAAGUUCAGAUGAAGAAAAUGCUUUUGAAGACUCUGAGAAAGACAAAAGUCUGAAAGAAAAACUAAGUUUUAGUCAAAGUGAUAAUGAAGAAGUAGAAUGUGAUGAAAUUCCAAAGCUCAUUAUUAAUAAUAUUGUUCCAAAUACUGAUGACGAAAGUAAUAAAACUGAAGAAGACGAACAAACCAAUGCAGCAAUAAUCAAUGUAAUAAUUCCAAAAAUUUCAACAGAUUUAGGUCAUGAUAUUUAUUUUAUAAAAUUACCAAAUUUUUUAUCAGUUGAAGCAAAGCCUUUUAAAAAAGAAAAUUAUGAAGAUGAAAUUGAUGAAGAAGAUACUCUAGAUGAGGAAAGAAGAGUAAGGCUUAAGUUAAAAGUUGAGAAUACAAUACGAAUAAGAGAAACAGUUGAUGAUUCUAAAAACAUUAUUAAAGAAAGUAAUACUAGAUUUGUUAAGUGGUCUGAUGGAAGUAUGUCAUUACAAGUUGGUUCUGAAGUUUUUGAUGUUUAUAAAGAACCAUUACAAGGAGACCAUAACCACCUGUAUAUUCGUCAAGGAACAGGUCUACAAGGUCGAGCUGUUUUUAAAACAAAAUUAUCAUUUCGACCAUAUUCAACAGAUUCAUUUACUCAUAAAAAAAUGACUGUAUCAUUGGCUGAUCGUUUUCAAAAAGCAUCAGGAAUUAAAAUUUUAUCACAAGUAGGUUAUAACCCCGAAUUAAAUCGAGAAGAAAUGAUAAAGAAAGAUAGUAAAAAACUAAACAAUGAAAAUGCUAAAAGUAAAAAACCAAAAAAUAAAAGAAAAAGAAGAACGUCAGAAAGUACUUCUGGGUAUAAUGAUGGUGUUCGUACAAAUGAUUCUGACGAUGAAGAUGCAAUAUCACUAGCAGCAAUUAAAAAAAAAUAUAAAACAAAAAACAUUGAUCGUUUUCCUCGUGCUCCAUCUACUCAGUCUAAUGACGAUGAAUCUGAAUUUGAAGAAACUUUAGCUAAAAAAUAUUCUAAAAACUUGAUAUUCCAUGAUUCAGAUGGCGAAGAAGAUACAAUUAAUGAUAGCCAAGCUAAAUCUGAUGAUAAAGUUACUGAAGAAAACAGUAAUUCUAAUUAA